ACUAGGUUUUUUGCUUGCACUGGUGUACUUAUAGGCCGCCGCAAAUCCAUCACUAGAAUCCUGACAUCAGCGAGUUUGGUUAGAUUUGCUAAUAAAAACGAGAUUGAUCGCAGCUUGAAGAUUCGUGUGUUACUUCCAAAUAAGAAACAUGCCACAGGUCAACUGCAACAUCAUAAUUUACAUUAUAAUAUUGCUGUUGUCAGCAUCAGGAAAUUCCACUGCUGUCGAAUAGCAAAACUCCACUUUGAGAAGGCAGUUUAUCCUCCCAAUGAGGUAUUAGCUAUAGGGCGUACCUUUGAAACAGGAAAGCUCAUGGCAACAAUUGGGGUGCUGACUGACAAUUCAAGAAAUCUUGUCAGCGAAGAGCAUGGAAUCUCUACUUGUAAGAUCACCAAGGCUGGGAUUGGAGGCCCCCUUAUUGAUCUUUGUGGGAAUUUCAUUGGCAUGAACUUUUAUGGUGCGAAAAGAACUCCUUAUCUACCAAGACAUAUAAUUCUGGAGCAAUUAAAGGACUUUGAUAGAAAAGGGUCUGCUGCAGCUAAGAUUAACGAAGAUGUUGAUACAAAUAGGUCUGCUGCUGCUAAGAUUAACAAAGAGAGUGAUCCAAAUAGAUUUUCUGUGCCUGGGCCAUAUUGGUGGUAUCCUUCCCUUGCCCCGCCCUUUGUUUUCGAACACAGGAGAAAGCAUUGAAUUAUCAUCAUCGAUGCACAAGUCCUGAUCCUUCUGAGCUGGUUGUCAGGGUCCUAGCGUGUAUUGUUGAAUUGCUUAUUAAUUUCAACUCCCUUGUGAAAUAUGUAACAUGGUUCGACCUCUACCAUGUUUCAACUGGCCUGCGUGAAUUGCAUAUUUGCAUGACAUACAUCCUGAGUCAGCCAAUACUUUCUGGGAAAUGGAUGCGACCUGAAUGUUUUUUUGCCUGUGGUUAUCACGUGAGGACUUCAAAUGGCCUUAUUUAUGGUUCUAUCAUUAGUUUUUUUUUGCGAGAAAUAUGGUUCUAUCAUUAGUUGGUUUGUCUGUAAAUAUAAAUCUGAGAAUGGCGUGAGAACCCACUACUGGUGGUAGUCUUAAUUGAUUGAUUCUGAGACCUCUGAAAAAGAUUAUUUAUGCCU